AUGCCCAGGAUGCCGCGACGCGGGCAAGCACUCCGACUGCAACGACCGCCGUCGCUUGGGCCGCCACAACGCUGCGCGUUGCCUCAGUGCACCUCAUCCCCCUCCUUCUUGCCCCUAUCUCCCCCCGUCCAGCACUCGGACUGCAACGACCGUCGUCGCUUGGGCCGCCACAACGCGGCGGAUCGCCUGGCGAUCGCGCAGGCCGCAGCAGCUGCCGCGGAAGCGGGCGGCGCAACCGGGGGAGAGAAGGACCGCAGGGGAAGUGGAGGGGGCGCGGAUAAGCCCGGGGGGUCGGGUUCCCCUGGGCGGAUACUGUUCGGGGGAGGGACGGGCGGAGGGGGAGGUGGAGGGGGGUCGGUUCCUAGUGGGCGGCGGAAGAGUAGGCAAUCCAGCGGCGGUGGCGCUGCUGCUGCUGGGACUGCAGGACUCGCUGCACUCCCCGAACCCCUCAAGCGACUCAACCCCUGGCGACUUUUGAGGCGCCUCGUGAGGACUGCAGGACUCGGACUGCAGGACUCGUUGCACUCCCCAAACCCCUCAAGCGAUUCAACCCCUGGCGACCAUGCUGACUCAGCUAACCGCGUUGACCGCAUUGACCAGUCAAAGCCCGAGCUUGCCAUUGACCAGCGGAUCCACCCCGUUGACCACAUUGACCACAUUGACCCUAUGGAUACAACAGACGACAAGGGAGCUGGAGAAGUGGAGGGAGAAGAGGGCGAGAGGGAACGGAAUCGAAAAUCGUCUAGCAGUGGCCACCACAGCAAUAACAGCCAAGAUAACAGUAACGAGUAUGAUAACAGCGAGUAUGGAUGGAAGAAAUCUCCUGGAGCAGCAGCAGGAGCAGCAGCAGCUGCGGUGGCGGGGUCUGUGCUGCCUCGGAGCAGCAAGAGGGUGCAAGGCAGCAGCGCCAAGCCUCUCAAGGUGGAUUUAUCCAAGCUGCAGACGAGCUCCCUGCGGCGCUACAAGCGAGGGGUGCAAGGCAGCAGCGCCAAGCCUCUUAAGGUCGCCCUUCCCAAGCUGCAGACGAGCUCCCUGCGGUGCUGCAAGCGAGUGUACAAGCUCCGAGACGCGUCUUCUGGCAAGGAGGAGCUCAAGCUUGCAGUGGCACAGCACUUCGCGAGUCUGGUCGUAUCUGAGGAGGAGAUUAUCCACUCUCUGGUGGAGGUGUUUUCUCGGCGGUACCACCAGCGAGCAGCAGCCAAUGCCACGUCUGAGGCCCCUGCUGCAGCUGCUGCAGCUGCAGAAACAUGCUCUUAA